UCUGAAUUCUGACCCUCUUUCUGCUCGGUUCUCCAUUUCUCCCAUCUAUUUUUCUUGCUAAUUUAUUUAUUUCGUAAUCCGAUUUUAUUUCUUUAUUUAUUAUUCGCUUUAUUGUUAUUAGUGUUAUUACCUUAAAAGAGAAGCCACCACCCAGUAGCAGCAGCUUUAGCAAAGCUGAUUUAGAAACAAAAAAACAAAAAAGGAAAAUUAAAAAGCAGUCACUAUAUAUAUUUUUGUUCUGUAUUAAUUUGAGCGACGAUUUUCAUUUCCAUUGGAUCAUCUCUCUCUCUCUCUCUCUCUCUCUCUCUCUCCUAUGAUAUGAUUUCAUCUUCCAGUGCCGGAAUGCUGAGGCUAUUUAGGGUUCAUCAGCUCGCCUUCCCAUUCAUCAUCUGAUCAGAGUAGAACAAGUGUUUAAAGGACGCUUUCUGAAUCAAUUUCGAAGUUGCUGCUGUUGCUGAGUGCUGCUGAUAACUUCAACAACACACACAUAAUAAUUUGUUACUGCUUCUGUCAGUGAAUUGAAUAUUUAGAAGAUGGCAGCUGAGCUUGUCAAUUGUGCAACUAGUGACAAACUGCCUGAGAUGGAUUGGACGAAAAAUAUUGAAAUCUGCGAAUUAGUCGCUCGUGAUCAAAGACAAGCUAAAGAUGUUAUUAAAGCAAUCAAAAAGCGAUUGGGUAGUAAACAUACAAAUACUCAGUUGUAUGCUGUUUUGUUGUUAGAAAUGUUGAUGAACAAUAUUGGAGAGAAUAUUCAUAAGCAGGUUAUUGAUACAGGGAUUAUUCCCAUUCUUGUGAAGAUAGUUAAGAAAAAGUCGGACUUGCCAGUGCGAGAGCGGAUAUUUCUUCUUCUAGAUGCCACGCAGACAUCUCUUGGUGGUGCUUCUGGAAAGUUCCCGCAGUACUACAAUGCUUAUUACGAGUUAGUGAGUGCAGGAGUGCAGUUUCCUCAAAGGCCCCCUGCAGUCUCCUCAGAUCACCCCACCCCACAACCAAAUAACAAUAACUUGCCUAACGGGGAAUUGGCAUCAUCUAGACAUGAAGGGUUUGCGCGGCAAGCAGAGCCACAAGACGUUCCUGAAUCGAGUAUCAUUCAAAAGGCCGGUAAUGUAUUGGAGGUUUUGAAAGAAGUUCUUGAUGCUGUGGAUAGUCAGCAUCCCGAGGGAGCAAAAGAUGAGUUUACACUUGAUCUCGUGGAACAGUGUUCUUUUCAGAAGCAAAGGGUAAUGCAUCUAGUGAUGACUUCUAGGGAUGAGAAGGUGGUUUCUCGAGCUAUUGAGUUAAAUGAGCAGCUCCAGAAAGUUCUUGCAAGACACGAGGCCCUUCUUUCGGCUAAGCCUAGAUCAACUGUGAAUCAUUUUAACCAGGAAGAAGCAGAGGAAGAAGAAGAGGCCGAACAACUUUUCCGAAGGUUACGAAAAGGAAAAGCUUGUGCGAGGCCUGAGGAUGAAGAGCGGCCAGCAGAGCACCCCCACUUGGGUUUUCUCGGAUCAGCCAUUCCCGGAGAAAUGCUGAAUCGUCCACUUAUACGGCCACUGUCUUUGGAGCCAUCAUCACGUGAACCGAAUGGACAUGUUGCUAUACCCCCCCCGCCAGCGAAACACGUCGAGAGGGAGAAAUACUUUCAGGAAAACAAGGCUGAUGGUCUAGCUGGCCAUGUGAGGGGCCUCUCCUUGCAUAGUCGCAAUGCGAGUAGCUCUCGCAGUGAAAGCAUAGAUUCCAGUGAUUGAUGGGGCCGGCUUCACUGAAUGUGCCGGUCCAAUGUUCCUUGUUACUUACUCCCAGUUUUAUAGGCAGUUUAUAUUGGUGAUGCCUUCUGAUUUAGUAGUGCUUUUGGCAUUUUUAGAGUUUAUAGUGAGUUUUAACACGAGAGGUUGGUGUUACUAUGUGGUCGUGGCGUGAUCUCUGGUUUUGCAGCUCUACAGACUAAUUCCUUUAUUUGUUAUUACUCCUUGCAUACAAGGGAAGAGUUGUAAAGAGAUUUUUCCCGCAAUCCUAUUUUAAUUUAUUUGGCCCA